AUGAGAUCCCAAACCGACGGCUCUGAUUCGUCCUCAACUCCGAGACCCGAACCUGCCACGUCGGACAGCGCAAAGGGAUCAUCAUUGCCUACACGUCGACCAUGUGCCGCAGUUUUCGCCUUCCUCGUGGGACCCAACUACUGUUCUCCCCUCGUGUUGUUUGAUCCGACGGCUGGGAACAGUUUUAACCGGGCUUACGAGGCUCUUGAGCCGAGCCGGAUGGCAACAAGGGCAGCCAGCAACUGUGGCGCUGCCGCGUGUCUAUGUGGUGUGGAGUGA